AUGAAUAAUAAAAAGCCGGAGAAAGAAAAAGAGGAGAGUGUCAUCCGUGGGGAUAUCGAUCCCUCCACCCACCUUUCGCCGUACAAACGCUCUACAUUACAUAGUAAUGGAAACCCACUUCACGUGAUAAUACUGUCAAUGGGAAAGAGGAAGGACGGGGUUGCGAGAAAGAAAACUCCGAAAAAAAAAAGACGAAAGGCCGAUGGAUUUUCGAAAGAACUGCCCCGCGGAAUUUUAAUAGGACCGACUAAAGUGGGGAUUCCGUCGGGUUUCGGGUUCGUCACAUUUCAGAGCGAGGACGUCGUCGAUAAAGUUUGUGAAAUUCAUUUCCACGAGAUUAACAAUAAAAUGGUGGAGUGCAAGAAAGCGCAGCCGAAAGAAGUGAUGCUCCCCGCCAACUUGGCCAAGACCCGCGCAGCGGGUCGCGGCGCAUACGAUUUUAUGUGGUCUCUGGGGGCUCUUCCAGACGGUUUUCCAGCGGCCGCAUAUGCGGCAUACGCUGCGGGUCGCGGUUACUCGGGCUACCCUAGUUUCGGACUGCCCUACCCAACAGUUGAUUUAACCAAUGGACAACUGACACCGAACAAUAACACUCCACUGCUGACCCAGGCACUUUCAGUGAUGAAUAACUACCAAGCCGCGGCCGCCGCCCAGGGUUUCGGCCCGCCUGCUUCACCACACGCGGCUGCCGCUGCGGCCGCCCAAAACGCGUCCAGGGCCGCCGGAUUCCCCGCCGCAUCCAGUCCCGGACCGGCCAUCGAUAUGUACAGCAGCAGCGGUGCCGGUCCUGGAGACAGCGUUGGCUACGUACAGGCAGCUAGUCCGCAGCCGUCCAGCUUUCCGGCCAUCGCUGUCAGUCGGGCGCCACUUAACUAUAGUCCGGGCCCGCUUAUUCCGGCCGCCUUUACAAAUGGCUAUCACUGAGCUGCCGCCUACCGACCGUACAGAGUCGUCGCGGCCCAUAUUCCGCUCCCUAUCGGCAGCUACAGCUGUGAUUGCGUCAUCACAACCAAACCUGCACUUGUACAUUCACCUCUAUAUGUAUAUUGAUAAUAAUAUAUUAAUUACUAUUUAGCACCCGCUGAGCGGUUACCACUCGUUGUUGUAUAUGUUUGGUGUUUGCCAAUCGCUUUCCGCCAGCCGACGAUUGCCGAAUUGCCGACAGGAAGUCCGCCUUGAAAACACUCGGUAAGUUAGGUUAUCUUGUGUGGCCGUACAGGCAUUUUAAAAUUCGCGAUGCGGUCUACUAAAACGCAUAAGUAAGAUACUGGCGGUCGGAAAUAGGAAGGGUCGAUUUAUAAACUUGAUUUAGCCGUUCCAUGCGGUCACCGUUGGCAGUUAAGAUUAGUUUAUAUAUUUUCAUUCUAACCUUACUUUUGAUGCUUGUUUCUAGAAGAAACAGUAGCUAUCUAUAAGUGCAAGAAAUAAUAGUUAUCCUAUUAUAUUCUACGAACUUUUUUUAUUUUAAAACGUGUUUUUUUCCAAAAUGUCUUUUUAUUUUUGGAUUUAUGUUGAAUUAUUGAGCUACCUUUAAGUCAAACCAUGUUAGUUACCCAACAGUGUUUUAUUAAAUAAACGUGAAAUAUUUCUUGUAAAUAAAUGGCAACAUAAUUUCUCCUACUAAUAUAAAUUGUUACCUUAUAAAUAAUAUAAUAUAUAUAUAUAU